GAGAAGUUCUGUCGUAACGGCACCCCAUUUCUUCAUUAAGAGCAUCAAGGAUGAUGAAUAACAACACUUAAAACUUCAUAAUGCUAUGUUCUAAUAUCUUAUGUGAGUCUGCUGUAGCAUGAUCUUAUCAGUCUGCUUCUCUUUUAUAGUUGGACGUCGUUGCCACACAGAGAAUCCUUCACAAGAGAAUAACCAAAGCUUUGUACACUCGUUCAUUAGCGCAGAACGGGCUAAGUUAUGAGGUUUAUUUAUUUCUGGAUGCUAUUCGCUUUGCAAUGUCGUUUCGGAGUUCAAGGUUCAGGUGGAAAUGUUCCGAAGCGAACCAACGGCAUCUACCAUUGGAAUAAGCAAACAAUUGCAGCCCAGAAUUCUCCGUAUGUUGCCAAAUACAGAGAAGAAAAACAUUUGAACAUCGCUCAGAAUUCCAGCAGACGACUCUUCGGGAGGCAUGUAUGCACUCAAAAUCAAGUGGUUAUGUUGCCAGUUAAAGAUGUGCAGUCGUACUGCAAACCAGCUUAUCAGUCAUUCCUAAGAAGAUGUGACAAAGAUACUACUCGCUUUUGCACUGGUUACAGAGUGGCGUACGAACUCUCAUAUCGCACAAUUCAAAGAAUGGUUGCAAAGACUGAAUCAUCGCAUUCCUGCUGUCCUGGAUGGACCCAAAUGCGAUCUUCGUCGUCUGACUGCAAGAAAGCUGUUUGUCGACAAGAAUGUCGAAAUGGUGGCGUAUGCACAAAGCCGGAUCAUUGUUCUUGCCCACCUGGAUGGACUGGAAAAACAUGUGAAACAGAUGUAAAUGAAUGCUCUCAAAGAAAUAACUUUUGUGAACAAGAAUGCAUAAAUGUGCCUGGGUCUUACAAAUGCUCAUGCCGAGAAGGAUAUUCUCUACACCCAAAUGGGCGUAACUGCAACAAAGAAAUUGCAAGACAUUCGAAUGCUGAGGACAUAAGUGAACUUUUGAAGAAAAUUGAAGAUAUGCAACAACGUCUUUCUGCGUUAGAAGGAUGGAAGCGACGUUCAUUUACGGAAGAACAAGAUAACAGACAUGCUCGUGAUGAAAGAAUCAAUUCUCUCAGCGAACAAAUUGCAAUACUCGAAGAAAGAUUAGCAGAAUGUUCCUGUAACAGGGGAGAUAUGGAAUUUUUUCCUCGGCCACAAAAAUGAAAUAUAAAGCUUCAUAAGAAAUCUUCGAACAAACUGUCCUUGGACAGACAAAUGCCAAAACUUCGUAAUCACAAUGAAGUUUGGAUGCUAAGUUGAUUAGUUAUGCUCCUGGGAAAUGUAUCUAACUUAUAUAUUCGUUUACAACGGUUCUAGUGGACUUCAUUUACCAUUACUUACAGAGCAGCGAACAAAUGCAACAUGCAUUUCAUUCGCUCGAAUGGACUGAGAUUUCGAAAUACGGUCCCAUAGACUUUAUUUCUUUAAACACUGAUCUUAGAUAUAUAUCCUAAAUUAAAAAUAUUCUCCCCAAGGGUUAUUGUUUCAUGUCAGAGAAGGAUGGUUCUGUUUAAGUACCUGUAACAAAUACACAAACUUAAAUAUUAAAAAUGUGAAACCUUUUUUUGUUCUCAUACAGCAAAAAACUCCAGUUAGUAAAAUAUUCAUUAUGCUUUAAGUUAUAAAAAACAAGGCAUCCAUUCUUUUGUGUACAAAAUUCAUACACAAAUUCAAGAACAAGUAUAAAUUUAUUGUAUAUCUAAAACACUAAAAAAAUAUAUAUCUUAUUUGCUUUGUUGAGCAAUGGUUUGUUACUAAAUAUGUAGCCUGUCCUAAGCUGUACCGCUAUAAAUGUUACACUUACUGUUAUGAAACUUUUUCUAGUUAUAUAAUUGAAGUAAUAUUUCAUGAGUGAAUAAAUAUUACCUGCAUUUACGGUGAAGCAAGAGAGGGCUAUUUGUCUAAGCGGAAAGAUACCUUCUUUUUAAGAGAAAUUAGUUCACACUCACAUUAUACAUAUUUCGCGAAGAAUGCCACGAACACUGCCACAUAAGUUUGCCGAGAUUAAAACCCGGGAUGAGCUUCCACUGUUCAACGAUUCUACCGCUCGGCUACUAGUAGACUACUAAUAUUUACAGGACUGGAAUUCUAGAAAAAAUAAAAAAGUUAGAUUUUAUCUUAACAAAGCCUUCCUGCCCAUAGUUUUGAAACUUUUUUAAGAAAUCUGUACCUUAUUGUUAAAAACUUUAUAGCUGCAAGUACGUUUCUAAGUUCAGUGUUUAAAGAAAUAACUCCUACAAGGAUUUUUUCGGGCAUGCACACGAAUUUCAUACAUAAACGUAUUGUGAUCAUUAUUUAAGAAUUUAUGAUUUCUGAGCGAAAAUGUAUAUAAAAUAAGAAAACUUUUUUUCCCUCUUCCGCCUUGUUUCUUUUUUUCUCCUUCUGAUCACCCCACCCCCAUUAUUUUUGCUUUAAUCCUAAGCAAUUGAGAUUUUAUUGAAAAAAGAAAGAAUAACUUUAAAUCUAAAGAAAUAAUUGUGUGUGUUGUGAAUCAGUUAAAUUAACUUUUCACAAAUUACUUUCUGUUUUCUAUCUAUAAAUAUGGCAUGUUUUAAAGGAAAAUAAUAUAUAUUCAUCCUAUGCAUUUAAAAGUUCUAAAUAUGAUUUAUUUUAUUAAUUAUUUUUUAUUUAUUCACUUUUAUUUAAGUUUUUGCAAUUAUGAAAAAAAUGAAUACUUCUGUGUUCUAAUUUAUUAUGGAAAGAUUUACAAAUU